GGAACAGGGUGAGAGGACAGAGCGGGUAUGCCAAGUGGUGGCACUCUGUCAGUCCCUCGCGUGAACAGUGCCACGGUGCCACGGAGCUUGCGUUUCCCUCCACCCAGUGCUCAGAGUUCACCAACCGUGCCCUUACGUCGUCUAUUCGACCGAUCGUCUGUUUAUAAGUAGUUGCCGCCCGCGCGCAAUGCCGUGUUGGGCGAGACUGGCGGCGGCCUUGCCUUGCCUGCUGGCGGUGUUGGCAGCGCCGGCCGGAGGCAGGAUCCCGCCCCUUCCCACGCUCUCGGUGCCGCUGCAGGUGGCGGAGGCGGGGCAGCACCGCCUGGGGGGCGGAGAGCGCCUGGGCCACCGCCAGGAGGGCGCCGACGGGGACGACUUCUUCAGCUACACCUACGGCAACAAGCUCAACUACGAGUACACCUACGGCGACCCUCUGUACGACUACGAGCCCGAGAACGACCACGGCUUCGCCAGACCCACUGAGCGCGAGGGCAAUGACGUGGAGGCUGAUGAUGACGACGUGUCUGACGAAGAGUACGAGGCGCCCGACGAGGAGGACGCGCCCGAGGAAGAAUACGAGGCACCGGGCGUGGACAAGGCGGUCCCUACACCUGGCGAGGAGGAGAAAGAGGAGUCUCCGUCCGUGGUGGAACGGUUCGCGUUGUUCUGGAAUAAAGCACAGAAGGAAUUGGUGAAGAUGUUGGUGGUGGUGGAGAAGCUCAUGGUGCGCGCCAACGACCUCGCUCGCAGGGGCCUCGACUACUGCAUCGCCAAGUUCGACGUCCUCAAGGCGAAGGCAACCGAGGCCGGGCAGAGGGCGGUCGAGGCCGUCGACAAACUCAAGAAGCUAAUGAGACAAGGGAACAAGCUGGCCAGGAACCUCUUCACUCUGCUCGGAGGAAAGGUGGACGCGUGGAAGCAGCAGCAUCCCGAGGUGGUGAUCGUCGACGUCGGGCAGGGGGCGGGGACCAGCGUGACGCCCGCCCUCGGCAGCGAGACGAUGCCCAACUUCUUCGAGGAUCCGGAAGUCCAGGCGGUGCUGGAGGAACUGGUGGAGUCGCAGGUGCUCACCCUCGAGGACGCCCUGGCCAUCAAGAGCUCCAACUACGUCCUGGAGGAGGACUAACAGGAGGAGGAGGAGGAGGAGGAGGAAGAGUAGGUGUAGGAAUGGAAGGAAAGGAGGAGGAAAUGAAAGAGGAAGAAAGGAGUAGGAAAAAAAGGGAAGAAAGGAAGAAAACAGCAUGGAGAGGGAUAGGAUACGCACGAGGAAAAGAGAAGAAACUGUAGCAAGUACUGUUAUUGCAACAGCAGUGGCAGCGGAGGAGAAGAAAGAAGAAAGAAAAUCAAGAGGUAAAUCGAGGACGAUGAAGAAGACGAAGACGAACGAGGAAUAAAGUGAUGAUAACAAGAAAGAAAAAGUAAGAUAGAAGUGCCUGCAUUUACCAUGUAUCAAUGUAUAAGCCUUCUCAAAAUAUUAUAGGAAUUAAGACUGCAAAAGACUGAAAUUUCAACUUCCUAAAAGAAUAAAUCAAUAAAAAAUAAAAAUAAAAUAUAUGUAU